UUCUUCUAAAGAACACAAGUUCCUUUGUGAUGACCAUGUUCAAAGGUCAGCUGAAAACUGAACAGGUUUUUCCUUAUCCUGAUGUUUUAGACUCUGAAGAUAAAGAAACUUUGAAGAUGAUGGUUGAACCUCCUAAAAAAUUUUUUGAGGAAGUUAAUGAUGCAGAUAAAAAUGAUGAGUUGGCUAAAGCAGAAGAUCAUGUUAUGAAGCAACUUAGUGAACUAGGAGCUUUUGGACUUCAAGUUCCUGUUGAAUAUGGGGGGCUAGGUUUAAACAAUACACAGUAUGCAAGAAUGGUGGAAGAAGUUGGGCGUUAUGAUCUUGGAGUUGGCAUUGUUUUAGGUGCACAUCAGUCUAUUGGGUUUAAAGGUAUUCUGUUAUUUGGAAAUGAAUCACAAAAGAAAAAGUAUCUGCCUGAUUUAGCAUGUGGGAAAAAUAUUGCUGCUUAUUGUCUAACUGAGCCAAGCAGUGGAUCUGAUGCUGGGUCUAUCAAAACUCGUGCUGUACCAUCAGCAGAUGGAAAAUAUUUUACGUUAAAUGGCAGUAAAAUCUGGAUCAGUAAUGGAGGUAUAGCUGAAGUUUUUACUGUCUUUGCAAAGGUUCCUGUUGAAACUCCAUCUGGAUCUGUUGAAAAGAUGGCUGCUUUUAUUGUGGAAAGAGGGUUUGGAGGUGUAACUAGUGGCCCUCCUGAAAAAAAGAUGGGCAUUAAAGCCUCAAAUACUGCUGAAGUUUUCUUUGAUGAUUGCAGAGUGCCUGCAGAAAAUCUUUUAGGUGAAGUUGGUGAUGGAUUUAAGAUUGCAAUGAAUAUAUUGAACAAUGGGAGAUUUGGUAUGGCUGCUUGCCUUUCAGGAACAAUGAGAGCAGCAAUUGAAAAGGCCACUGAUCAUGCUAUAAAUAGGACACAGUUUGGUAAUAAAAUAUGUACAUACGGCACAAUUCAAGAAAAAAUUUUUAGAAUGUGUAUGGCUCAGUACAUAACAGAAUCAAUGGCGUAUAUGGUAUCUGGAACUAUGGAUCGUGGCUAUGUAGACUUUCAGUUGGAAGCAGCUAUAAGCAAAGUGUUUGCAUCGGAAGCUGCUUGGUUUGUUGUUGAUGAAGCUAUACAAGUCAUGGGUGGCAUGGGGUAUAUGCGCUCUGCUGGGCUGGAACGUGUGUUGAGAGACAUACGUAUUUUCAGAAUUUUUGAAGGCACUAAUGACAUUUUGCGUCUCUUUGUUGCUCUUACUGGUUUGCAACAUGCUGGUGGCCAUCUGAAAGAAUUGCAAAAGGCACUGAAGAACCCAACAUCUAAUCUUGGGCUGAUUCUGGAUGAAGGUGCGAAACGAGUAAAGAGAGUUGUUGGCUUAAGUAGCCCUCCUUCUCUGAAUGAUUACAUUCAUCCCAACUUUUCCAGUUCAGGAAUCUUGCUUUCCAAAUGUGUUGAAGCCUUUGGUCUUUCAGUGGAAGAAUUACUUAUAAAGCAUGGGAAGAAUAUUGUCAGUGAGCAGUUCCUUCUGAAUAGAUUAGCAAAUGCUGCUAUUGAUAUUUAUGCAAUGGCAACUGUAUUAUCACGAGCCACACAUACCUUGAACAAAAACCUUCCCUCUGCUGCUUAUGAAGAGAUGUUGACAAAUAUUAUAUGCAGUGAAGUGA